CAGCAGAUCCCAGAGCUGCUGGAUGCUGUGGAAAAGAUGAGAGUUGGAGGAUCCAGAUGCUUCACAAAGGACAUGUUCACAGAAGCUCUAAUAGAUAAGGUUGUAGAGCGGGAAAUCACUUGUGCAAGACUUACAUCUGAAAUACAGGAUUCAAAACAGAAGAGUAAAGCAGGAGGUGAAGAUCAGAGCAGAGAGCCUCUCAGGAUGGUGCUGAUUGGGCGUACUGGCAGCGGGAAGAGUGCAACUGGAAACACCAUUUUGGGCAAAGACCGUUUUAAAUCUAAUGCCAGCUUAUGUUCAGUGACCAAGAUUUGUCAGAAAGCAACAGGAAGGAUUGAUGGACAGCCUGUCAUCAUUGUUGACACUCCUGGUGUGUUCGACACGACUCUUUCCAAUGAUCAAGUUCAACAGGAGCUUUUAAAAUGCAUCAGCAUGUUGUCUCCUGGACCUCAUGUGAUCUUACUGGUGCUGCAGAUCGGUCGCAGACUUACUAAGGAAGAAAAAGACUCUGUGGAGCUGAUCAAGAAAUGCUUCGGCAAGAAUUCACAAAAAUUCAUCAUCAUAAUAUUUACGAGAGGAGACGAGCUCGAAAAGAUAACAAUUGAGAGUUACCUACAAGACGACCAUGGUGGGUUUUUGACAAAACUUAUUAAUGACUGUGGAGGAAGAUAUCAGGUCUUCAAUAACAAGAAUCAGACAGAUCGCACACAAGUCAGAGAGUUGAUGAUGAGGUCCAAAGAAAUGCUGAAGGAAAAUGACGGCAGCUGCUACACCUCAGAGAUGUUCCAAGAGGCCGAGGAAGCCAUUCAGAGGGAGGUGGAGAGGAUCCUGAAGGAGAAAGAAGAAGAGAUGCAGAGACAGAAAGAGGAACUUCAGAGAAAACACGAGGAGGAAAUGGAAGCAGUGAAGCAACGAAUGGAACAACAGAAAGCAGAAAUUGAACAGGAGAGAGCCAGACAACUGAAAGAAAUGGAGGAUAACAUCAUCAAGGAGCGUGAGGAGAGAAAGAAAGAACAGGAAAUAAGAGAAGAAGAGGAAAAGGAGAGGAAAAGGCAGGACGACAUUCAGCGACAGGAGUGGGAGCAAAAACUUGCAGCUCUGGAGGAAAAAAUUAAGUCCGAAUCAGAAGAAAAGCAAACCAUUGACAGGGAGUUGGAGCAAAGCAGAGAAAAGAUGAAGAAGAAACAAGAGGACUGGGAGAGGGAAAGAAAACAAUGGUGGGACAAACGAAAUCAAGAAGAUGAACAGAAACGUCAGGAGGAGAGAACAAGACUUAAAAAACUCCAACAAGAGUAUGAGCAGGAGAGAGAAAAACAUGAAAAUAAAAGAAAGGAAGAAGAUCGAAUCAGACGAGAACAAGAGGAGAAGGAGAGAAAAGAAUUAGAGGAAAAUUAUGAGAAAAAACUGGAGGAAAUAAAGAAGACAUAUGAAAAGAGGGCCAGAAAACAAGCUGAAGAUUUCAAUGAGUUCAGAGAGAAAUACACGAUGGACUUUACAGCGCUGGUAGAGAAGCACAUGGGGGAAAUACAACAUUUGAAGAAAAAGCAUGAAAGACAAAUGCAGGAGACCGAAGAGAGCCACAGCAAAGAGAACGAUCUGUUAAAAAACCUCUCAAGUCACAAAGAAAAAGCGCUGAAAGAAGAAACAGAGAACCUGAAGAAAAAGCACGAAGAAGAAAUAAAACAACUAAAACGGAAAUACAAAGACAAAUGUAUCAUCCUCUGAUCCUCCAGCUGACUCUUGAUCAUUAUGACGUUAACGGAUCACAGGACAUCA